AUGUGCGUUGUGUUAUGGGUGUUGUUGGCGUGCGAUCGCGGAAUUAUGAGAACAGCAAAGCAGGCAGCCGAUCGGACCAAACCCUCAACGGCGGCAGCCUCAUUAGGCGCACACUCAGGGUCCGCCGGAAUCUGCUGGAUGUGUUCGGCAGCGGUUGGUUGCCGCUUCAGCCCGGGCCUCGAAGACCGGCUGACCCUCCCGCUUGUGAGCCAGGUAAGAGAGUUCUUUCGCAGGUUCAUUUUGCAGGAUCUACCUGUUAUCUCCAGAAUGCUCACAGAAAUCGGUUGUCUUCAAUGUGUCAGUCAACAUCUCAGGCCCGCUCUGUUACUAGCCCACUUCUGA